GCUCGCAGCGGCCGGGGGCGGAGCGCCGCCUGCUCAGCUCCACCCCAUCGUCCAGCCUCGCCGACUCCGCCUCUUUUGACACUACGCCUGCGCAAACAGUCAUCCCCACGACCACGCCGCCGCCUUGUGCGCGUGCGCGCGUCCAGGCGCUCCCGUCAGGCAGUGCGAGGCGCGCGGGGCACGGAGGGCGGUGGCGGCGGGCUCCUGUGAGAAGCGAGCGGAGCUUCCUGAGGUGACUGACGCGGGCCUCGGUUCUGGGCGCCGGGGUGUGGGGCUGGAGGAGUGGCCGCGAUCCCCGUCUGCACCCAGCUGCCUCUUUUUUUCCUGCGCUCCUGGGGGCUCCUUCCAGGUGCUGCAGCAGCAGCUGCCCGGGGAUCACGGCCCGGUCCGCUGGGCGAGGAGCUGAGGCGGAGGCUGCGCGGGGCCUGUCACCCCCGGCUUCUGCAGCCCGGUGUCGACGGCGAUUCGGUGGGCUUGUGCGUUUGUUUUGUUAGCGUGCUUAGGUGUCACAGCUGGGUGACCCUCGGAAGGAAGGUUUUGCCGCUGGCGCGUCAGGUGUAUCGCGGUCUUGGGGCCGCGGAUCCCUGGGGCCUGCCGCCGCCUCUGGGGUUCGCGCGGCCCGGGCGUCGGGGCUGCCUCAGCGCUGGCUGAAGGCCGGUCCGACGCACCCUUAAUUGUGGCCGCGCGUUGCCCUGCUGCGCCUGCUGUUCUCCGCGUCGCGGUGGUGGACUCUGGAGGUGGAGCCUUGCCCGACGAGUCCUUGAGGAGGAAUCAUUAUAGAUUCUAAAAAUAUAUUUUUCCUUCUCUGUGGACUUGGUAUAAAACGUAGCUUUUUUUCUGCUUGGAUUUAUUUUCUAAAAAUCAACACCGUAAACCCAUACAAAAUUGGGGUAGUUAAACCAUGAGUUGUGGAAAUGAGUUUGUGGAAACAUUAAAAAAAAUUGGUUAUCCCAAAGCUGAUAAUCUUAAUGGAGAAGACUUUGACUGGUUGUUUGAGGGCGCUGAAAAUGAAUCGUUUCUGAAGUGGUUUUGUGGGAAUGUGAAUGAACAGAACGUGUUGUCUGAAAGAGAAUUGGAAGCUUUUAGCAUUCUUCAGAAAUCAGGCAAGCCUAUCCUAGAAGGGGCGGCGUUGGAUGAAGCUCUUAAAACGUGUAAAACUUCUGAUUUGAAGACACCUAGACUGGAUGAUAAAGAGCUGGAGAAAUUAGAGGAUGAGGUUCAAACUCUACUGAAAUUAAAGAACCUAAAAAUUCAGCGACGUAAUAAAUGUCAAUUGAUGGCUUCAGUAACUAGCCACAAAUCUCUGAGGUUAAAUGCUAAAGAAGAAGAAGCCACUAAAAAGCUGAAGCAGAGUCAAGGAAUUCUAAAUGCAAUGAUCACUAAGAUCAGUAAUGAACUUCAGGCUCUUACUGAUGAAGUUACACAAUUGAUGAUGUUCUUCAGACAUUCUAAUUUAGAUCAAGGGACAAAUCCACUGGUAUUUUUAUCGCAGUUUUCCUUGGAAAAAUACCUAAGUCAGGAAGAGCAAAGCACAGCAGCAUUAACUUUGUAUACCAAAAAACAGUUCUUUCAGGGUAUACAUGAAGUAGUUGAAAGUUCAAAUGAAGACAAUUUUCAACUUUUAGAUAUACAGACACCAUCUAUUUGUGAUAAUCAAGAAAUCCUUGAGGAGAGAAGACUAGAGAUGGCUAGACUGCAGCUCGCAUACAUUUGUGCUCAACAUCAGUUAAUUCACUUGAAAGCAAGUAAUUCGAGCAUGAAGUCAAGUAUAAAAUGGGCAGAGGAGAGUCUUCAUAGCCUAACCAGCAAGGCUGUGGACAAAGAAAAUUUGGAUGCUAAAAUUUCUAGCUUGACCAGUGAGAUUAUGAAACUUGAAAAACAGAUCACUCAAAUAAAAGACAGAAGUUUACCUGCUGUGGUAAGAGAGAAUGCCCAGUUAUUGAAUAUGCCAGUGGUAAAGGGAGAUUUUGAUCUGCAGAUUGCUAAACAAGAUUAUUAUACAGCAAGACAAGAGUUAGUUUUAAAUCAAUUAAUAAAACAAAAGGCAUCAUUUGAACUUCUACAGUUAUCAUAUGAAAUUGAAUUAAGAAAGCAUCGGGACAUAUAUCGUCAACUUGAAAAUUUGGUUCAAGAACUCAGUCAAAGUAACAUGAUGCUCUACAAGCAAUUAGAAAUGUUAACAGAUCCAUCAGUUUCUCAGCAGAUAAAUCCAAGGAAUACCAUUGAUACUAAGGAUUAUUCUACUCAUAGGCUUUACCAACUUUUAGAGGGAGAGAAUAAGAAAAAAGAAUUGUUUCUAACCCAUGGAAACCUUGAGGAAGUGGCUGAGAAAUUGAAACAGAAUGUUUCUUUAGUACAAGAUCAGUUGGCAGUAUCUGCUCAAGAACAUUCUUUCUUUCUGUCCAAACGGAAUAAGGAUGUGGACAUGCUUUGUGAUACUUUGUAUCAAGGAGGAAAUAAGCUUUUGCUUAGUGAUCAGGAGUUAACAGAGCAGUUUCAUCAAGUUGAAUCUCAACUGAAUAAGCUGAAUCAUCUCCUCACUGAUAUUCUUGCUGAUGUGAAGACAAAAAGAAAAACUUUGGCAAAUAAUAAAUUACAUCAAAUGGAAAGAGAAUUCUAUGUAUAUUUUUUAAAAGAUGAAGAUUAUCUGAAAGAUAUUGUGGAGAAUUUAGAAACUCAAUCAAAGAUUAAGGCUGAUUUUGUGAAAAUGGAAAAUUAUGAGGCAUUGGUAGGCUUUGAUCUCUGUAAUACACCGCUCUCCAGUGUUGCUCAGAAGAUUAUGUCUGCUAUGCAUUCAGGUGAUUUAGUGGAUUCUAAGACUUGGGGAAAGAGUACAGAGACUAUGGAAGUGAUAAACAAGUCCAGUGUUAAGUAUUCAGUACAACUUGAAGAUGGGAAGAAUCAAUCACCAGAAAAAAAGGAUCUUAAAUCUUUAAGAAGUCAGACAUCAAGAGGUUCUGCCAAGCUCUCUCUUCAGUCCUGCAGUGUCAGGCUCACAGAUCAGCUGUCUACUGACCAAAAACAGAAGAGCAUCAGCUCAUUGACUCUUUCAAGUUAUUUAAUUCCACAGUAUAAUCAAGAGGCUUCAGUUCUACAGAAAAAGGGGCAUAAAAGAAAGCAUUUCCUAACGGAGAAUAUAAAUAAUGAAAAUAAAGGAAGCAUUAAUCUUAAAAGAGAACAUAUUACAUAUAAUAAUUCAUCAGAGAAAACAAGUAAACAAAUGGCAUUGGAAGAAGAUACUGAUGAGGCUGAAGCCUACCUCAAUUCUGGGAACUCAGGAGCAUUGAAAAAACAUUUUUGUGAUAUUAGGCAUUUGGAUGAUUGGGCAAAAAGCCAGCUGAUUGAAAUGCUCAAACAGGCAGCAGCCCUGGUGGUAACUGUGAUGUAUAGUGAUGGUUCCACCCAGCUAGGAGUUGACCAGACCCCCAUUUCCUCUGUUAAAGGAAUUGUGGUGUUACUAAAACGCCAAGCAGAGGGUGGCCAUGGUUGUCCAGAUGCCCCGGCCUGUGGUCCUGUUCUGGAGGGCUUUGUGUCAGAUGAUCCAUGUAUCUACAUUCAAAUAGAGCACUCUGCUAUCUGGGACCAAGAACAGGAGGCACAUCAACAAUUUGCCCGGAACGUGCUAUUUCAAACACUGAAAUGUAAAUGUCCUGUUAUUUGUUUUAAUGCUAAGGAUUUUGUGAGAAUAGUGCUGCAGUUUUUUGGUAAUGAUGGCAGUUGGAAGCAUGUUGCUGAUUUUGUAGGGCUAGAUCCCAGAAUUGCUGCAUGGCUUAUAGAUCCUAGUGAUGCCACACCCUCUUUUGAAGAUUUAGUAGAAAAAUACUGUGAAAAAUCCAUUACUUUUAAAGUGAACAACACAUAUGGAAAUUCCUCAAGAAAUAUUGUGAUUCAGAAUGUACGUGAGAACCUGAAGAUACUCUACAGACUUACAAGGGACCUUUGCUCUAAACUGAAGGAUUAUGGUUUAUGGCAGCUAUUUUGUACUUUGGAGCUCCCUCUGAUACCAAUUUUGGCAGUGUUGGAAAGCCAUGCCAUUCAGGUGAACAAAGAGGAGAUGGAGAAGACGUCAGCACUUCUUGGGGCUCGUCUCAAGGAAUUGGAGCAAGAAGCUCAUUUUGUUGCAGGAGAACCGUUUCUUAUAACAAGCAAUAACCAGCUUCGAGAGAUCCUCUUUGGCAAGUUAAAGCUGCACCUGCUGAGUCAAAGGAACAGUCUCCCCAGAACGGGGCUGCAGAAAUACCCGUCCACAUCAGAAGCAGUGUUAAAUGCUCUGCGAGACUUUCAUCCAUUACCCAAGAUAAUUUUGGAAUACAGGCAGGUUCACAAGAUCAAGUCAACCUUUGUAGAUGGAUUGCUAGCUUGCACGAAAAAGGGCUCCAUUUCCUCUACAUGGAAUCAGACUGGAACUGUGACUGGAAGACUUUCAGCCAAGCAUCCUAAUAUCCAAGGUAUCUCCAAGCACCCAAUUCAGAUUACUACACCUAAGAAUUUUAAAGGUAAAGAAGACAAGACUCUCACAAUCUCCCCGAGGGCCAUGUUUGUUUCAUCCAAAGGCCACACCUUUCUAGCAGCAGACUUUUCACAGAUUGAAUUGCGCAUUCUUGCACAUUUAUCUGGAGAUCCAGAACUUCUGAAGUUAUUCCAGGAAGCUGAAAGAGAUGAUGUAUUUUCUACUCUGACUUCACAGUGGAAGGAUGUGCCCGUGGAACAGGUGACACACGCAGACAGAGAGCAAACCAAGAAGGUGGUGUACGCAGUGGUCUAUGGAGCAGGGAAGGAGCGGCUUGCUGCUUGCCUCGGAGUUCCUGUUCAGGAAGCUGCCCAGUUUUUGGAGAGUUUUUUGCAGAAGUACAAGAAAAUCAAGGACUUUGCCCGAGCAGCUAUUGCCCAGUGUCACCAGACAGGCUAUGUGGUGUCCAUCAUGGGCAGAAGGAGACCCCUGCCAAGGAUUCACGCUCAUGACCAGCAACUCCGGGCACAAGCAGAGCGACAGGCAGUGAACUUCGUGGUGCAAGGCUCCGCUGCUGACCUCUGCAAGCUGGCCAUGAUCCAUGUCUUCACUGCAGUGGCUGCUUCCCGCACCUUGACGGCCAGGCUGGUGGCCCAGAUCCAUGAUGAGCUGCUGUUUGAAGUGGAAGAUCCGCAGAUCCCGGAGUGUGCAGCUCUCGUCAGGAGGACCAUGGAGUCCUUGGAACAGGUGCAGGCAUUGGAGCUGCAGCUUCAGGUACCCCUCAAGGUGAGCCUGAGUGCCGGCCGCUCAUGGGGACACCUGGUGCCACUGCAGGAGGUCUGGGGCCCUCCGCCAGGCCCAUGUCGCACUGAGUCUCCCAGCAACAGCCUGGCUACCCCCGGGUCCCCUGUCAGCACCCAGCCCCCACCCCCGCAUUUUUCGCCUUCAUUUUGUCUGUAGCCCCAGGCAACAGUGGGAGGAGAGAACUGGUUUCCAGCAGUCCAUUGUGUGGCCUUCCCCAAGGUCACCAGCUCUGCACGCCCCAGGACGCAUUAACCCUUUGGGGCUGGGGUGGCCUGUCAUCCCCUGGAGUAAAUGCCUGUGCAAAGCCUUCCUCA